AUGCGGUAUAUUCGCUUUCUCAAACCGCCACGACUGCAAGGCACCAUUUUAACCGCUCUAGUCACCAUCGCCUCCGACUUGGGCGACUCAUUCCUGGCCGAGGAUGUCGUCCUGGCCGCCUCCCUCUGUUCAGACGAUACUGCUGGCGAGAUCGCCCUCCGCAAGGCCCUAAAAUGGACGAGUGGCAUGCGCUCGCUCCCAGUCGCUUUUGAUAUUGGCCAGACCGAUAUUGAAUGGCCUGUCCAGCUCCAUGUGAGCCUCAGAGGGAGUCCCGAGUCGGACCAUUUCGAGAUGCACCAUAGUCUCAAUGCAGACUUGCCCAGUAUCGUUUCUGCAUGGAGCGGCAUCAUCGAUCCCCCAAGCGGACUUUUCAUCGCCGAGAAGAAAGUUGAGAGACGCUUUAUGCCGUUGAAUAAUCGGACCCUAAGUAUAUGGGAGGAGACUGGCGAGAGUAUAGCACGGCAUCUAUGGGAUGCCGGCAUCGCGCUCUCAGCCUACCUCGACCGCAUAGUAUCACUCCAAGCCAAUGGCCUAGACAUUUUGGAGCGCGUAUUGAGCUCUGCUACCUACAAGAAACUCCGUGUCUUAGAGCUUGGCACGGGGUGUGGAAUCGUCGGUAUCGGCCUUGCACAGAGUGUCCCAGACUGUGAAGUUCUCCUCACGGACCUCGCAGAAGCUGAAGAAAUUGUCGCGAAAAACAUCGAUAUCAUGAACCCAGCCAUGUCAUCCUCAGUCUCAUUUACAACCCUGGAUUGGGAUGAGCCUCUCCCUCAAGACGUUCAAAGCAAGGUUUUAGACCUGAUCGUCUUAGCCGACUGCACAUACAACGCGGACAGCAGCCCUUCACUCGUCCGCACGCUUACCGCGCUUGUACAAAGGUCCCCCAAAGCUAUCGUAUUGGUUGCCAUGAAAGUGCGCCAUUCCAGCGAAGCUGCGUUCUUCGAUUUUAUGUUCGAUGCCGGCUUCGUGAUUGGGUGUCAGACCGCCCUCCAAGUUCCCGGGGACGAGGAGAAGCCUACGGAAACUGUUGAUGUGUAUGUGUUUCACGGAAAGACUCGACCGCUCGUUGGAGAUACCUCUACAGAGGAUUAG